UGGUUGAAUUAGAGCACAGAUGCAGAGCAGCCAGUCGUAGGCCUUCUUUUUCACGUUCAAAUUCCAUGAAGUUUCCUCUCACCACGCGUUGACUUGGAAAAAAAAGAGAGAAAACUGACCACUUUUGUACUUUGACAAUGUCUUCUUCGUUUUCUCUUCGUUCUCUAUUGUUUACGAGAAGACUCAGCUCUCUCGUUUUCUUCUACUUUGCUUGUAUAACUACUCUUCUGGUUGUGGACUUUCAUUCUCCGUGUUCUCAUUCUUGGAAGAUUCCCUUCUCACUGCUCUUCCUGCCACUUCCAAUAACUAGUUUCCGGUUUCAAUCAGCUUCGUUUUCUCUUCUUCUUCUCCUUUCCUUUUCCUUUCCGUGUGUUGGGGGAAAAAGAUUGGAGGAAUUUUGUUGGGUUUUGGAGCUUCGUCCUUGCUAUAUUUUGAGAAAGGGACGGUUUUUAAGCUCAUUUUGACGGCUUUUAGAUUCACGGGUUGUUGUAACAAUUGGUUCUGCUUCAUGGUUUUUUGAUAUACGCUGUUUUGCUUCAUGGGUUUGUGAUACUAAUGGUUCUGCUUCACUAUUUGAUCAGGUAAUGGAUGUGUAUCUUGGUUUUCUGAUAGCAAGGGUUUAGCUUCAUGUGCUGUUGAUAGAGUUGCUUUUGCUAAUUGGUUAUGGGAAUAGCUAUGAUUCAAGGAUUGUUAUGAUAGUUGUUUUGUAUAGACUUUAAAUUGAAGAGCCAGAUGGCCCAGCUUUUGAGAAAAUUUUUGCCUAUUGGCAAAUCAAUUCCCAAAGAAGAAGAAGAAGAUGAUGACUAUGGUAACAUAGAGUAUUCAAUUGCUGUUGAGUACCUUGGCCCUCCAGUCACUUAUGAUAUCCCCCAAGCUUUCCCAAUCAAUGUUGAGAGAAUCCCAAUUGCCGCACCUGUUGUCUCAGCUUCUUUGUUGGAUGACUUAUCAUUGCCAGUUAUCCAACCUAUUGUAAAAUCUAAACCAACAACCAAGAAACCGUCACAGGAGCCAAAGUUUUGCUCUGAGGCUACUGUUUCCCCCAUCAUAACAGAAGUUUUGACUAGAAAUGGUGUACUCCAUGAGCCAUCAGUUGAAAUAGAUAGUUCAGAUGCAUUGGAUACAGCAAAUAGUGGAGAUCAUCUGCCGGAGUUAUCUAAUGAAAAAGGAAAUCCUGUUGGAUUGGGGUUUUGCAAUUGUGAUGAUAAUCUGCGAGAAGCGUGUGGAAGCUCCCACCUAGUAGAAUCACAAAAUGGUUGCACAGAAGAUGAUGGUGGAUUUCAAGACUACAUGAAUCCCAACAAUCGUGAACCCACAGAAUCGGUUUUAAGUUCUCAUUCUGCUUCAUCUGAGAUUUUUUCUUUAAAAGAGGAGGAUUGUGAUAAUGAAACUGUUAACCCUCCUGGCCAUUUCAAGAGACCUUCAACUGUGACUUUCCGGGAUCCUGAGUUCAGUGAUUUAUCUCAUGAAGAAUCUCAUAAUUCUGUGACUGAAAACAUUGAUAUGAUAUGUGAGGUAGAAAGGAUUGGAAAGAAAGGAACAUGCUAUCGGUGCUUCAAAGGAAACCGGCUUACGGAAAAAGAGAUUUGCAUUGUAUGCGGCGCAAAGUAUUGCUUCAAUUGUGUGCUGAGAGCAAUGGGGUCUAUGCCAGAAGGAAGAAAAUGUAUUACUUGCAUUGGGAAAAGAAUUAAUGAGAAAAAUCGAAGGAUCCUAGGGAAAUGGUCUUGGAUGCUCAAGCGUCUUCUUACUGAGAUGGAAGUCAAACAGAGAAUGAAAUCUGAGAGAUUUUGUGAAGUAAAUCAGCUACCAGCAGAGAUUGUUAAUGUGAAUGAUGAGCCACUUAGUCAGGGAGGGUUGGUUCUAUUGCAGACCUGCCCUAACCCACCAAAACAGCUAAAACCAGGAUCCUAUUGGUAUGACAAAGUAUCUGGCUUUUGGGGAAAGGUAGGAGAGAAACCUUGCCAGAUUAUUAGCUCCCAGCUGAAUGUUGGUGGUCACAUGAAGAAUAACUGUAGCAAUGGGGACACAAACAUAUACAUAAACAAUCGGGAGAUAACUAAACCAGAGUUUUGGAUGUUGAAGGCGGCAAGAGUGCAAUUUGAAGGAACAAAUUCCUUUUGGUUGAAUGAUGAUGGGACCUACCAGGAGGAGGGGAUGAAUAAUGUAAAGGGCCGAAUAUGGGGCAAGACUAUAGUAAACAUAGUCUGUGCGGCCUUGUCUUUACCAAUUCCUCCAAGCUCUGGAAAUCCCGGCAGAAAAAAUGUUGAUGUUAUCCAAAACUGCCUUGAGCAGAAAAUCCAUGGGAAGUUUCUUCUGGUUGGUUAUAGAAAAUCUGGCACAAGUACCAUAUUUAAACAGGCCAGACUUCUGCACAAGGCUCCUUUUACUGAGGAUGAGCGUCAAAAUUUUAAAUUUAUGAUUCAAAGGAAUUUGUACAGCUAUAUUGGCAUAUUGCUAGAGGGGCGAGAACGAUUUGAGGAAGAAAGUUUGAUUGGAAGGAGAAAAAGACAAUCCGUUAAUCAAUGCGGUCCUUCAGAUGGCACGGACCAGAGGGAAGAUAAUACAAUUUAUUCAAUUGGCCAAAAACUGAAAGCUUUUGCAGAUUGGCUUCUCAAUGUUAUGGCGUCUGGUAAUUUAGAAGACAUAUUUCCAGAAGCUACUCGCAAAUAUGCUCCAUUUGUUGAGGAGUUGUGGAAGGAUACAGCUUUUCAAGCCACAUACAACCGGAGGGAUGAAUUGGAAAUGCUAUCCAGAGUUGCUACUUAUUUCCUAGAGAGGGCUGUGGAGAUUUCAAGGCCAGACUAUGAGCCCUCUGAUUUGGACAUCUUGUAUGCCGAGGGAACCGCCUCAUCAAAAGGGAUUCCUUGCUUGGAAUUCGAGCUCCUCAAUUCGGCACAGACGGAGCUUGCUGCUACUGCUCUUUUUCAUGAUUCAAUAAUGAGGUACCAACUCAUUAGGGUGCAUCCAAGAAACCUUGGAGAAAACUGUAAGUGGUUGGAGAUGUUCGAAGACAUUGACGUUGUCUUGUUUUGUGUGUCCUUGACGGACUACGAUAAAUUUUUCGAGGACAGUAAUGGAGUUACUGUAAACAAGAUGUUGGCAAGCAAGCAGCUGCUGGAAAGCAUAGUCACUCAUCCAACCUUUGAGGGGAAAGACUACUUGUUAAUACUUAACAAGUUUGACCUGCUCGAAGAAAUGAUUGAUCAAGUUCCGCUCACUCAAUGUGAAUGGUUUCACGACUUCAAUCCAGUGAUUAGCCAGAAUCAGAACAGCAGCAAUAGUAGAUAUAGCAACCCUUCGUUGGCUCACCGUGCUGCCCAAUAUAUUGGCGUUAAAUUCAAGAGAUUCUUCCAUUCUCUCACUGGCCGUAAGUUGUAUGUUUCGCUGGUUUCUGGGAUGAAGCCUGAUAAUGUUGAUGAAGCUCUUAAAUAUGCAAGGGAAAUUUUGGUAUGGAAUGAAGUGGAACCCAGUUACACCAUGAAUGAAACUUCUGUAACCAGCAUCGAGCAGAGUACAACCUCGUGAUUUCGUUCGUUCGUUGAAAAUGAAUCAAAUGCGGGAUGGGAAGGAAGGGAAAUUAAGGUCUGCUACUUUGCUUCCAUUAACUAAUGUUGUUCAUAUAUAUAUAUAUAUUUUGUAUAGUGUAGAUGCUCAGAAAAAUAAUCCAUAGGAGAAGAGGCAAAAACUGAAAAUGAAGGUCCAUUUGGCAUUGCAGAAUAGCAAUUGUUCAAUCACCAUCAUCAUUA